UCAUGAUAUCUUCUUUGGAAGUUGCUAAUCAGGCCCACACUGACAAACCCAACCAGUCAAGUGUAGAGACUGCCAACACUGCAACCGGUUCCCAGACACCGCAGCAGACCCCAUGUUUGACCAAGAGAAGCAGAGCGAAGAUGGACAACAGCCAACCAAAGAGGACGAAGACGGACUGUGGAAAUGGCAGAGACCUUCUGGUGGAGGGAAGGCAGGGGGUUGCGCGCUCUCUCCGAGGCCUGUCUCCACGACUACCCCGCAUCUCGCUAAAGAGACUGCUGGAGGUUGAGAACACGCUGGUGCACGGAGAGGAGCGGUUUGGCGCUAAGUCCCCGACAGCCCCCUCCUCCUCUGCUGCCUCACAAUUAAUGUGUCAGGGCUGUGAAAUAGGGGGGCCUGCAAGUGGACCUAAUCUCAGUUUUCUGCCUCAAAUUGACAAAUGGCUGGUUGUAGCCAUACAAGCUGCCGACUCCUACUACCAGCAGAGAAAAUACGGCGUGGCUGCCAGUCGCCUCACCACCGCUCUGGAGCUGUGCUCCAAAGGGGCCGCCCUGGUGGACCAGCUGCAUGCUGACCACGAGGACAUCAGCAGUCUGGUCAGCUACCUGGAGGCCAGGCUGGUGGUGUGCUACCUGAAGCUGAAGAGGCCAGAGCUGGCCCUCAACCAUGCACACAGGAGUGUCCACCUGAACCCGGCCCACUUCCGGAACCACCUGAGGCAGGCCGCCGCGUUCCGCCUGCUGGGCGAACCAUGUGCCGCAGCCAGGAGCGCCAUGAUUGCUGACUGGCUGUACUGUCUGUCCGGCGGAAGCGAGCGCCACCUCAGCAGACUCAUCAAACUCUAUUGGCAGGCCAUGUUGGAGGAGGCGAUCACCUUGGAGGAGGGCGUGUCCGUCAUGUUUAGCCCCGCCCCUUGCUUUGGGGAAGCUCUCAGCGACGUCAUUGCCAGGGCAGAAGAAGAGUUCAGGAAGAGGCACCCCACCUUCACUGAGUACCUGUACACAGACCCCAGCGGAGACCACGUUCUCCCCCAGACCAGAGACUGGAACUUGGGUUUGACUCCCAGCCCGUCUCCCUCGACCCAGCCCCAGACAUCCUCCCCCUCGGGUUCAUCCUCCCGGCCCCAGGCCUUCCUCCUCACCCUGGGUUUCAGGAGGAGGGAGGAAGGGGUCUUCCUGGAGAAGCUCCAGAGCAGGAGCUGGCCCUCCUUCACAGAAGCGCCGCAGGGGUCGUGGCGCCCCGGGGAGGUGGAGAGGUCAUGUGACAUGGUGGAGAGGUCAUGUGACAUGGUAGAGAGGUCAUGUGACAUGCUCCGGAGGAGGGUGCUCCCCAUCCUGGAUCUGAUCAACAGCACCAAGCUGACUGUGGGUACAGUAGAGACUCCCCCAAACACGCGCACACACACACACCCACACACCGGACAGUAUAGGGCAGGUUUCUUUCCCGGGUCAGGGGUCAUACAGAGGCUCCAGUAUGCUGACUUCCUGGGCCAGCUGCAGCGUGGCCGGGAGAGGACCGUCACCCUCCAGCAGGUGCUGGCAGAGCUCAGCGUCGCCCCCUACCUGCAGGAGGUCAACGAAACCGACGCCAAACUGCUGCAGGCGUUAAUGGCUGACACAACAGACACCCUUGAAGGAAGGCGGACCAGCCAGGAACGUGUGUGGAAUAAAAUGCAAAAGGUGGGUCAGCUGGAGGACUUGGUGAGGCAGCUGGAGGAGACCUUCCGGAAGAACAAGGCUCUGAAGGCCGAUAGGAAGCAGAAGGCCCCCUCUUCCUCCAGGAGGAAGCACCAACGGAAAAGAGGGCCCCUGAAGGACACAAAUGUGGCCAAUGAGAGCUUUUGCAUCAGGCUCCCGCCCACUAAGGACCCAGGCUGCGUCGAAGACCCGCCUACCAACUCCCCUCCCAGUGAAAACGUUAUUUUAGAAGCCACACUUCCUGAGGGCCCGGGUGACGAGGCCUCUGCUGUUAAACGUCCCCUUGCUCUCUCUGGUACCCCCGAGUUGGGUCCACCAGCCCACCAGUGAUCAGAACCAGAACCUGGAAGUCCCACAGACCAAAGAUCCGAUGGUCAGAUUACCGUAGACAGCUCAGUGAACAUAACCCCCC